CGACGGCCGCCGCGUCUCCAUGGAAACGGCCCAGGCAUCCACGCAGCCGAGAGCACGAUGGCUACUGGGGAGCGCGGGGACUUGGGCGGCUACUACUUCAGGUUCUUGCCUCAGAAAACCUUCCAGUCUCUGAGCUCUAAGGAGAUCACCAGCCGGCUCCGCCAGUGGUCCAUGCUGGGCAGAAUCAAGGCGCAGGCGUUCGGCUUUGACCAGACCUUUCAGUCCUAUCGGAAGGAUGAUUUCGUUAUGGCUUUUUUCAAAGACCCAAAUGUUGUUCCCAAUUUGAAGUUACUUUCAGAUUCUUCUGGACAAUGGAUCACAUUAGGAACAGAAGUGAAAAAAAUUGAAGCUAUAAAUGUUCCUUGCACACAGCUUUCAAUGUCAUUUUUUCGUCGGUUAUAUGAUGAAGAUAUUGUACGAGACAGUGGACAUAUUGUUAAAUGUUUAGAUUCUUUUUGUGAUCCAUUUCUCAUUUCUGAUGAGUUACGAAGAGUUUUGCUAGUGGAAGACUCAGAAAAAUAUGAAAUAUUCAGCCAACCAGAUAGAGAAGAGUUCCUGUUUUGUCUUUUCAAACAUCUUUGCCUUGGUGGAGCCCUUUGUCAAUAUGAAGAUGUGAUUAGCCCAUAUCUGGAAACAACAAAGCUUAUCUAUAAGGAUCUGGAUUCUGCUGGUAUGUGCUAUCCUUCAGCAAAGAAUCAUGAACAGACAUUUUCUUACUUUAUUGUGGAUCCUAUCAGGCGUCACCUUCAUGUUUUAUACCACUGUUAUGGUGUGGGAGACAUGUCUUAAUGCUCUUUCAGAUUAUGUACCUCUACUAUUUUUUAUUUAUCAUUUUUCUAUCUUAAUACUAACUUAUAGAUAAACAUAUACCUUGCAAAUUAAUUCAAGAAAAAUGUAAGGAGCCUACUUAGAGCAGAAGAAAGCAAACACCAAGAUGCCGUUUUAAAAAUUUGUGUGGAAUACUAACCGGGGAUCAAAUUUCAUCCAUAAUAAAAUCUAUACCAAAAAAGUUGUGGAAUUUUUACAAAAAGUUACAAGGAAUUAGAAAUCUAGUUCAUAUUUGUUGCAUUGCAAUUCAAGUGAAUCCUCAAUUUUCCAUGUAUUUUAAUUUAUAAGCUAACUAAUUCUGGAUUGAAAAUGUAGCAGAAAACUAAACAUUUCUACCACUGAUCAUGAAUAUGAAUUGUUAGUUUAUUUAACUUGUUUCAUUUAAUUACAUUUCUUCAUUGCACAAGCGUUUACAUCUCUAAAGCUAGGCAAAGCAUAACAAUUCUUUUGCUUCAUUUGUUCCACUUAAAAGCCUCAAUAAAAAAGUAAUGUUCUGGGGCCUAGCGCGGUGGCUCACGCCUGUAAUCUCAGCACUUUGGGAGGCCAAGGCGGGCAGAUCACGAGGUCAAGAGAUCGAGACCAUCCUGGCCAACAUGGUGAAACCCCUUCUCUACCAAAAGUACAAAAAUUAGCUGGCUGUGGUGGCGUGUGCCUGUAGUCCCAGCUACUCAGGAGGCUGAGGCAAGAGAAUCACUUAAACCCGGGAAGCGGAGGUUGCAGUGAGCCGAGGCUGCGCCACUGUACUGUAGCUCUGGCAACAGAGCAAGACUCCGUCUCAGAAAAAAAAAAAAAAAAAGUUCUGAAAGUAGUCGUAAACUCUUUUAUCACAUAAUAAAUUAAAACUGCAGCUGUCCCACAGCUAAUACAAGAGCUACAUGUAAACAGAGAAAGUUGCCUGAUGGCAUUAGUAAGUUGUUCAAAGAGUGAGAAGCAGGUUAUCUUACUACUGUUCCUUAUUUCAUUCAUAGUAUUAAUGUAUAACUUAGAUUGUUUUUGGUUUUUUUUUGAUGGCAAAAAUCAUUGACAUAUAUCCCAUGGGUCAUGGGAAGCCUGUAAGAAAUGUUGAGGUUUGAGGAGGAACAGGAGCAAGUUUGAAAGAUGUGUUUCUGUGUUGUGGGAUAAAGCAAUAAUCUUGGACUUGAACCUGGAUUUGUAUCUCGAAUGCAGCUGGCAAUUUGGGUAUAGGGCUCAUGGGAAAGAGUGUGUUUUACUUCUAAUACCUAACACAAUGCCUUGGCAUAUUAAAUGUUUAUUGAGUGAAUAACUACUUUCCAGAUAUCCUCAUAAUACCCAUAGAUUUUUUAAAAUUACAUAAAAACAUAAAAUCAA